AGCCCCUUUUCCACCGAAGCAUUUUGAGAGCCGGUUCGGAGCCGGUGCCUACUCGCGAACCAGUUCUUUGUGUUUCGACAGCCAAAGAACCAGUUCUCGGCCAGGGGAACUGGUUCCAAAGCGGCACCAACUCUUUGCUGGACUAGAACCGUUCUUUUACCACGUCAUGCUUACGUCGGGGGCUGGGGGCGGGGUUAUUGUGACCAACAACACAACGGGAUGGGAAAGGUUGUGACCGCCAUUGCUAAAAACACAGCGCUAGUAAAGAUAGUAACAACGAUUGAAGAAUGGAUUCUAAAGCGAAACAGUGGUCGGUGGAGGAGACAAACUGUUUGUUAGCGAUAUGGUCUUCGGCAGAGGUACAGCAAAAAAUAGAAGGUGCUUCGAGAACAAAACAUGUGUUCGAGGAGAUCCAGAGGGAGAUGGCUGCAGCAGGAUUUAACAGAACCAUAGAGCAGAUCAAUAACAAGUUAAAAAAACUAAAAAAGGAUUACAGGGACCAAAAGAAGGAAUUGGGCCGAAGUGGUAAUGGACGGCCACGCAGUAGAAAUACCCAUUUUGAGGUUUUGGACUCGGUCCUCGGCGACAGACCGGCGUGCCAGGUCACCGGCGCAUUAAAUUCAACAACUGUUAUGCUAGAGUCUAUGGUGGUGGAUGAGACGCUGCUGCAGGGUAUUGCCAACAACGUUACUGAUUCUGAGUUGUUGGCCAUUGAUGAUUGUGAACCUGACCGGGAGCUACCGCUACCACUCCACUGCAGCUCACCAGUACCGUCUUGCAGCUCAGCAGCUGAAACCUCCUCAUCUUCCUCUUCCAGUCGGUCAACCAGAAAGGGCAAAAGGAAACGAGACAUGAAUGGGGAGCUGCUGGAAUAUUUUGAGAGGUCUGAUGAAAGGUUCCUGCAGCACUGCAAGGACAUGAAUGAUACCUUGCUGAGGAAAUUGGAUGCAGACUCAAGUGCAAUGCUUGGACUAAUGGAGCGUAUGGUCACAGUGAUGGAGAGGCAACCCCACUGAAUCAGAAAGAAACAAUCUUGCACACUUUGCACUGCACACACUUUAAUAUUUUGUGAUUUUUUUGUACUUGUUUUUAAAUAAACGUUUUAUAAAGAAACAUGUCUGCUGUGGUAUG